CAAUCAGAAUGGAAUUAAAUAAAGAUAGAUUUAUUACUUUAUUAACCAAAUUUAUUGCUGAGUCUAAAAACCUCCAAAACUUACCACCAAAGUUUGUUCCAAGAGAAGAUUUAAUUGCACUCAAAGUUCUUGAUGUUUUAAAACCAUUCACUAAAGAAAAUGGUGGUGUUUUAAACGUUCAACAUAUUCAUUUAGAUAAAGCAAACUACCCAGAACGUGGUCAUGUCAUCAUUGAAUACCCAGGCACCAGCAAAGGUACUGCCAACCCAAAAACCUUUUCAAUUGUUGGUUCACAUAUGGAUGUUGUCCCAGCUGAUGAAACCAAAUGGGAUCCAACCACCCCACCAUUCAAAUUAACCCACAAAACUGGUACUGAUGAAUACUUUGGUCGUGGUACCACUGAUUGUCUCGGUCAUGUUGCUUUAGUUACUGACCUAUUCCUUGAAUUAGCCACCCAUAAACCACAAUUAAAACAAUCAGUAUUUGCUGUUUUCAUUGUUAGUGAAGAAAAUACCGAUAUUCCAAACAUUGGUGUUGAUGAUCUCCAAAAAGCUGGUUAUUUAGACAACCUUAAACAUGGUCCAGUUAUCUGGUUAGAUUCUGCUGAUAUGUUUAACACCAUUGCCACUGGUGGUGCUCUUACUUGGGAAUUAACAGCUUUUGGUAAAAAUAUGCAUAGUGCUAUGCCAAACAGAACCGUUAACUCACUUGAAUUAGUUAAUGAAGCUUGUGCUGAAAUCCAAAAACGUUUCUACACCGAUUUCCCAGCCCAUCCAAAAGAAAAAGAAUACAACUUUGAAAUUUCAUCCACCAUGAAACCAACCCUUUGGAAAGAAAUCCAAGGUAGUUUCAAUACCAUCCCAGGCCAAGCCACCAUUUGCGGUGAUAUUAGAUUAAGUCCAUUCUAUGAAGUCAGCGAUCUUAAAGCUAAAGUAGCCUCCUAUGUCAAAGAUAUAAAUGAAAACAUCACUAAACUUCGUUCAAGAGGUCCAUACAGCAAAUAUGAUGUCCCAGAAUACGGUGUCAAAGGUAGAAUCGAAUUAGUUUUCCACGAAGAAGUUGAUGAAGGUAUUGCUUGUGAUCUCACCAGUGCUGGUUACAAGGCAUUAGUUCAAGCUACUACUGAAGCUAUUGGUCCAUACCAACCAGUUUCUACUCUCGGUACAUUACCAUUAGUCAGAAACCUCCAAAGACAAGGUAUGGAUAUUCAAAUCACUGGUUUCGGUGUUGAAGAUGUUUACCAUGCUGAUAAUGAAUUCCUUAGAUUAGGUGACUUUGUUAAAGGUUUCCAAAUUCUUAAUCGUACCAUCGAAUUAGUUGAAAAAACUAUUAACUAAAUUAAAUUAAAAUAAAAUUGGUAUU